AGCUCCCGUCACGUGGUGCGCUUUAUGAUUUGUGCGCUGUGGAUUUGUCUCCAGUUGGGCUCGAGAGAAGAAGAGACUCUUCACACUUUGCGGAGCUUUUGCUCUUACCUCAGCCAAACCAGCCGCGCGAGAGCAUGAGCGGAUCCGUGUCUGGGCUUCCUCCCCGGCGGUUCGUCCUCCAUGCCUCCGUCUAAACAAGUUCAUUUGAUCUGAUGUUUCCCCUCCGAGAGUCAUUUCGGAGAGAAUGCGUCUUCUCGUUUUUGCGACUUUAUUUGGAGUCCUUCUCGACGCAGGAGAUGCCCUUCAGAUCCAGUGCUACCAGUGUGAGGAGAUGAAGCACAAUGACUGCUCCACGCCAGAGUACAUCGUCAACUGCACCGUCAAUGUGCAGGACAUGUGCCAGAAGGAGGUGCUGGUCAAACCCGAUGGAAUCCAUUAUCGGAAGUCCUGUGCCUCCUCUGGGGCUUGCCUCAUCGCCUCCUCUGGCUACCAGCAGUUCUGCACCGGCAGGCUGAACUCAGUCUGCAUCUCCUGCUGCAACACGCCGCUCUGCAACGGGCCCAGGAGGAAGCGUCCCGUCCCUUCGGCGGCGAUGUCCAACCGGCCACUUCUCCUCUCCCUGGCCUUCCUCCUGCUGCUGCUGGCGCUCCUCCCUGUGACGUAGACCGGGGAUCACAUCACGUCUCCACCGUACCAUUGCCAUGGGAGCCCGGACCUGUGAUCACUGCUGUGACACACCGAAGGAGCAGAUUUGGACACCACCCUGGCUUUUUAUCCUCUCAGCGUCGAGAAAAAACACUGAAUCUGAUCGAUAUAACACGGUGAACACUGAGGAUGACACUGGCAAACUGGAGAAGUGGACGCAUUUGGAGUAUUCUGAAUCAUUUAUUGCUCUUGUUGCCAGAGAAGGAGCAUCCAGUCUGCAACCGAGGCAUCUCUCAAUUUCUUUGCUUUCUGUCAAGUGGAGCAUUUUUGUGAGGAACCUGCUCUGGAGUUAUUUUCUGGUUAUUACAUGCUGUAAAAGGUACUGGUAGAAGUUAUUGUGGAAAAAGAUAUCUUUAAGCUUUUUGGGGUUUUUGUUGAUUCAUGGUUCGAAGCAGCACUGUUGGUUUUCUUUCUUGAUGUUAAUGUUGUUGCUGUUGUUGCUCUGAAUACACAGACAUUGGUGAGAACUGACAUUACAAACCCAAAAAAUACACUUAUAUUCUUGUUAUUCUUAUAUUCUAUAUGUCAUGAUGACAAAGGCACUUUGAUUCAAGCAAAUAUGAAUUUGAAGAGGUAUCUUGCAGCAUAUUAAUUAUCAUAUGUAUGCAUAUUUUUCACUGCCAGACAGUAUUGAUUGACAUUUUACUUCUUGGAAUAUGAAAGAUGCUGAAAUAGUUUUGGACAGUCUGUUUGAGUUAUUGCUUAUUAAUCCUUGCUUAUAAGAUUUAAAAGUUGAUUCCGUCAUACAAGGAGCUGAUUAGAUGUAUUAAUUAGACAUUAAUAUUCCAUAUGUUCCUUUGUGAAAUGAGACAUAGUGCAGUAUAAGAACAAGUUAUAAGCACAAAUACAUUCUCACUGCAAAAAAAAAUGCUUCAGGUUGAUAUCAGCAAUAUUUCCCUUUAAGUUUAGAUUUAUUUCGAAGAAUUAAACAUAUGCCCAAAUCAUAGCUAUUAUUGCAUGUUGCCAAUGCUGUAGACCAAAUAAUGUAUUUCAUAAUCUACACCAAUAAGAAUACAUUUGGCUUACUUUAUGGAUCUUAUUUCCAUGUCCAGAUGGUCAUUUUGUGAAAAUUGAAAUUUCCCUUCAAAUUAUUUAUUUCUAUUUCAUGAAAUGUUAUGUUAUUGUUUUAUUUAUUUUUCAAUCUGUACAGUAUUAUAUUUAUAUGUGUUGAAUGUGCUGUGGACAACAACAAUUCAGGCAUUCUUUAACUGUAUUUUGUUGCCACACAUGAUGGUAUUAACGGUCUAGAGCCAAGAAAGAAUGUUGGAUAUUGAUAAAAAUUAUAAUUUUCAGACUUAUUUCAGAGCAUCCUUUGACUGUUCUGGAGACAAAGGUUUCAGACAGCUAUGGUCCAUCUGAUAAAUGUUCAUCAUGGCAGUUUUUUGACUGGUCUUCUGUGAAGAGUAACACUGUAUUAUGCUGAUCUGUGAUGUAAAUAAAUGUUGCAGAAAAAC